UUCAAGAGGUCCCUUGGUUCGUUCGCUGCCUAAUGCGGGACAGGGAAGGGGCCAGCGAGAAGCUCUAAGGGCGUGAGGUGGCUGUCCCUGGAGGGACCAGAGACAAUCCCGUACGGCUUCCCAGUCUGCAGCCGCCGUCCCCGUGGUCUUGGGUACGAUGUUUUCUGUUGGUGACACAGUACAUCCUUGCUCCCUCUGCCUCAGGCACUUACUCAGCCGAACAAGCGAACCCAACCCGAAAUCGAGAGUCCGCUCAGGAGAGAAGAUGCGUGCGCUGAUUCCAGAGCCCAGGCCUGGAGACCUGAUUGAGAUUUUCCGCCCUUUCUACAGACACUGGGCCAUCUACGUUGGCGAUGGAUAUGUGGUCCACCUGGCUCCCCCAAGUGAAAUCGCUGGAGCUGGUGCGGCCAGUGUCAUGUCUGCCUUGGCGGAUAAGGCCAUAGUGAAGAAGGAACUGCUGUAUGAUGUGGCUGGGAAGGACAAGUACCAGGUCAAUAACAAGCAUGAUGACAAGUACUUGCCACUACCUCCCAGCAAAAUCAUCCAGCGGGCCGAGGAGCUGGUGGGACAGGAGGUGCUCUACAAGCUCACCAGUGAGAACUGUGAGCACUUCGUGAACGAGCUGCGCUACGGAGUCUCCCGCAGUGACCAGGUCAGAGAUGUUGUCAUGACAGCCGGCAUCGCCGGAGUGGGCCUGGCAGCCAUUGGCCUCAUUGGAAUCAUGUUCUCAAGAAACAAACGGCAAAAACAAUAAUUUGAAGACACUGCCUUGUCAGCAGUGACUUUCAAAAUUGAGGGGAUCUCGUUUUGCUAGAGGGUUUGGGGUUUGUUUUAUGGAUUUCAUUCUGUUUUAUAAUAAGGCUUAUUUUCACAGAAUAAAAUAAAGC